AAAGAGUAUUAUAUCUAUCUAUAUACUUUAUACUUCUUAAUGCGCCUGAGGAGUUUUAGGAUAGGAUGACGAAACGAAAGACGUUUGUGGGCAGUUGCGUUGAACUUGUCGUCUUGUGCGUUUCACAGUUUUGUUGUGUUUUUUGGUUGUGUGAUUAUAUUUUGUCGCCGAACAAGAUUUAAUUUUUGUCAACUUGAUUUUUUUAACGUGUCUUUCCUAUGAACUUAUAUUUUGUGUGGGAGGAAUAAUAACUUGUGUUUAUUUUUUAAAGACACAUGUGUUGACAAAAUAAAAAUAUGAAUUUUAAGAACGAUUUUUGAAAAUAUUCAAAAAAAAAAAACUUUUUUUUGAAAGUGGAUUUGAACUAAAAAAUAAUAAUUAAGUGAAGAAAAAUUUUGUAAAAUAAUAAAAUAUUUUACAUGCGUAAUUGAACUUUGAGAAUGACAUUGAUCAAAAACUAUUUGAACUAAAUUUUGUGAAUACAAAAAUAAUUAUUCCGUCGCAAAAGUGAUACCGAAAUUUUAUCGAAUUUGGAUUUUGAUUGAGAUUUUGAAAAAAAAAACUCUCUGUGGCUGUCAAAAUUUUAUAUACUGAGUUGGAUCAUAUUUAAUUAAAUUAAUCAUGGAGCACAUUAUGUCAAGAUUUCAAUCAAUGGACACUUCACCGCUGUCAUUCGUUCCAUCACCAUAUCUUCUACCAGCAGCUUUUGCAGCUUCAUCAAAAUCACCCUCAUCAUCGACAGCAUCCAGCAGUCCAACAGGAUCAUCAAUGCCCAAACCCAAACGUUGGGGUUCUCCACCAGUUAAUCUAGCUGGACAAUUUAUCAAUCCGGCCACAGGCAAAAAACGUGUCCAAUGUAGCAUCUGUUUUAAGACUUUCUGCGAUAAAGGUGCUCUGAAGAUUCAUUUUUCCGCCGUGCAUUUGCGUGAAAUGCACAAGUGUACAGUGGAAGGAUGCAAUAUGGUGUUUAGUUCGAGACGGUCAAGAAAUCGUCAUAGUGCGAAUCCAAAUCCAAAAUUGCAUUCGCCUCAUAUUCGCCGUAAAAUUUCGCCUCAUGAUGGACGAACUGCUCAACAAUUUCCGCCACUUCUUUUCCAAACUCCGCUGAUGCCGGCGGGUGGUCCUGGAGGUCCUUAUCCAUUUGAUAGAUUUGCUCCGUAUCCUUCAUAUCCACAUGGACAUCCUGGAAUUUUCUCAGGACUCAAUACCGGCGAAAUGUGUCCUUUGCCAGCGAAUAGUGGUGGAAGCAGUAGUCACAGCAGUUUCAGUGAUGAUUAUAAAAUUGGUGGAUCAGAUUCAGAGGAGGAAUGCAGAGAUGAAUUGAUGGUAUCAGUUGAAGAAGACGAUGAUGAAGAUUCUGGGGAAGAAUUACAAAUGGCUGAUGAAGAAGAUGAAGAACCUCUUCCAGCUCAAGAUGAUAACCAGCCUCUUGAUUUCUCAGUGAAAAAACGAGUUGCCGAAGAUCGUUUAAGUCCCCCAGUCAAUUCUAGCGAAGAAUCAACAAUUGAAAUUGAAAAUUUUCGUCCUGUGAAAUUAUCAGGAAGUUUUUCCGUCGAUAAUCUGCUAAGUAAGAAAAAACGAACUGAAGAAAUAACCGAGCCAUCAGCUGGUUUAUUAGAUUUGUCAACUAAGAUAGCGAAAGAACAAAAAUCAAGCCUUCCAAGUCAACCGCCCACCAUUACCGCUCCUGGUCUAAUUGAUCAAGGAAAUCCUGCAAUGUGGAAUAUCCUUUCAGAAGUUUAUCGAUCCAUGCUGAUGAAUAACAGUCUUAAAGCACAAUAUAGUGAAUUACAAUCAAAUUCAACAAUCUCCGUUUAAAGAUUGAGAGAAGCUCCUGUUGUUAUCCUGUUUUGUUGACUUAUUGCGUAAUCACUGAUGUUACAAUGUAUAGCUAUUUCUUACACAUAAAAAAAAGUCGUAUAUCCAUCGAAUUACCUACAAAAGUAUUAUCUAGUAUUUCCUAAUUAUUAUUAUUAUUAUUUUUUUGAUUUUUCUUAAACUGUGUAUAAAAGGAUGUGCAAUAUACAAAGAAACUAAAUUAAAAAAAAGGCCGUCCG